CUAGUCCUUCCUGCAAGGAGGGAGGGCUUUUGUCUCCUCUGCAAAAGCUGCCUGGGGGGCUCCUGCUUCUGCAAGAGGAGGGACGCAGUUGUCUCUCUGCUCUGCCCCUUCUGGGCUCCGGACAUCUGGAGAGACUUUCCAUCCCAGAACAACAAAGAGGGAGAGGAGAGAAGGGGUUCUUCCAUUUGGCAAACUGGGUGCACAGAUCUAGUUAUAGGCUUCAGUUUCUUUUGAAGAUGUCGCUGUCCGUUUCACGGCUGAGGAGUGGGCGUUGCUGGAUCCUGCCCAGCGAGCAAGAGCUCUGCAUAAGUGGUGAUGAAAUUAAGAACAAGGGACAACACAACAAAAUCCACACAGUGGAGAAGCCAUAUCAAGAUUUGGAGUGUGGAGAGAACUUAAGUGAGAGUUCCCAUGCCACUUCCCAUCAAAGAAAUUCUAUUGGGAAGAAACCCUAUCAGUGUUUGGAAUGUGGAAAGAGCUUCAAUAACAGCUCACUUAUCAAGGCCCAUCAAAGAAUUCAUUUAGGGAAGAAACCAUUUCAAUGCCUGGAAUGUGAGAAGAGUUUUACUAAAAGAAGAGACCUUGAUCGACAUAAGAGAAUUCACAGUGGGGAGAAACCAUAUCAGUGCUUGGAAUGUGGGAAGAGAUUCACACAGAAGGGAGGUCUCACUUCCCAUCAAACAACUCAUUCCUGGGAGAGCCCAUAUAAAUGCUUGGAAUGUGGAAGGAGUUUCAGUCAGGAGUCCUAUCUCAUUUCCCAUCAAAUAAUUCAUACAAUGGAGAGACCAUAUAAAUGCUUGGAAUGUGGAGAGAGUUUUAGUCAGGAGUCCUUUCUCUCUUCCCAUCAAAGAAGUCACAGCAGAGAGAAUCAGAUUCCCCAAGAAUCAUUGGAUUGUUGCAUUGGACUGGAUGGUGAGAGUCAUCUUCUCCAACCCCCUGCAACACAGGAUAUUCAAGAAAAGCAUUCAUGACAGAUGGCCAUCCAACCUUUGCUUAAAAUCCUUCAAUUCAAGAAGAGGCCACCACCACCUGAACUAGUUUGUUCCACAGUCAAACAGUUGUUACUGUCAGAAAGUUCUGCCUGAUGUUUAGUCAGAGGAGUUAUUGGUUUGCUUUGUUCUUGUUCCAAUUUUUAUUAUGCAUUUUUUAUUUCUAUUUUGUGUUUUUAUGCCAUGAGUCACCCUGAGAUCAUUGGAUAAAAGGUGGUAUAAAAUAUAAUUAACAAACAAACAAACAGAAUUCAAAUAGUCAUAUUCAAAGUUAGUACCUUCUGGACUUUCUGGUUUUCCAGUCAUUAUAGUCCCUGGAUUCUUCAGCAGCCUCAGCUUUUGUAGCUGGAGACAGUCUGGACUCACAGCCAAGAUGGCCUCUGGCCUCUUCAGUAAACAGUCGGAGGUUGAACAGCCUUCCAAUACCCAUUGUUACAGCACAAAUAAAGUGACAAAAGAAAAGAAAACUGAAGGUUUGAAACCAUACAGCUGUGUUCACUGUUACCUUGAACUUCUCGUUUAUUUUUAAAUAAAUCAGUUGUACUCCACGUCACACCUCAUUCUUUGCUACGUUGGGGGUGCAGAGU